AACCGGAAGCUUACGCCUAUACCGCUAUUCGUAGGAAACAGCAUUUGGGACAGCAUACGUCGGAUUGUAUUGCUGAUUAGAAAUGUUAUUUAAAUGAGCUUCGCAAACAGUUCUUGGCAUUUCGGUAUUUCCCCAUUCAAGCAGAUAGGAGUUGAUUUUGCAUGAGCAAAACAGCUGCCCGGAGGCGAUGAAAAUAUGGCCACCGAGUGAACCGAGUUUACAAGAAACGGACUUUAACUACAGUGACACCAGAGAGCAGAUGAACGGGUCAGUCGGGCCGAUGCGUGUGUUGGUGACAGGCGGCAGUGGGCUGGUGGGGCGAGCGAUAGAGCGGGUGGUGAAAGAGGAGAGCGGAGGGAGAGAAGGAGAAACAUGGAUAUUCCUGUCAUCCAAAGAUGCCAAUCUUAUGAGCGCUGAAGAGACGAGAGCAGUCUUCCAGAAACAUCGUCCGACACACGUUAUUCAUUUGGCCGCCAUGGUGGGAGGACUCUUCAGAAACAUGAGACAGAACCUGGACUUCUGGAGGAAUAAUGUGCACAUCAAUGACAACGUGCUGCAGGCAGCUCACGAGUUCGGCGUGGUGAAGGUCGUUUCUUGCCUUUCCACAUGUAUCUUUCCAGAUAAAACCACCUACCCUAUAGAUGAGACCAUGAUCCACAACGGUCCGCCUCAUGAGUCCAAUUUCGGUUAUGCUUACGCCAAACGCAUGAUUGACGUCCAGAACAGGACGUAUUUUCAGCAGUACGGUCAGCGAUACACAGCCGUCAUCCCCACAAAUGUAUUCGGACCCCAUGACAACUACAACAUUGAGGACGGACAUGUCCUGCCAGGAUUGAUCCACAAGACGUACCUGGCGAAGAAGGAAGGUAAACCUCUGCAGGUCUGGGGUUCGGGUCGCGCUCUGCGGCAGUUCAUCUAUUCUCUGGAUCUGGCUCGUCUGUUUCUGUGGGUUCUGAGGGAGUACGACGAGGUGGAGCCCAUCAUUCUGUCAGUGGGAGAGGAGGAUGAAUUGUCCAUAAAGUUUGCUGCGGAUGCUGUGGUUGAAGCGUUGGGCUUUGAAGGUGAAGUGAUCUAUGACACUAGUAAAGCAGACGGUCAGUUCAAGAAAACCGCCAAUAAUGCCAAACUACGCAAAUACCUGCCAGACUUCAAGUUCACGCCGUUCAGAGCUGCCGUCAAGGAGACGUGUGAUUGGUUUGUGGCCAAUUACGACUCCGCCCGUAAAUGAAGAUCUUCACAUCUGAUUGGCUGUGGGGAGUUUGAACACUGUUCAAUGCUGGAAACCGAACAAUGACUGAUCGAACAACAUUUAAUCGUUUUUACAAAGACAAACUCAUGGAACACAUCUUAAAAUAUGUUCAUUUUCCAGGGAUGCAGUUACUAAAACUGCACAAUGCUGGGUUUUCAAAUGCAUUUAUUAAUGCAUAAACUGCUUCAGACAGCACUGCACGAGCUAGCGGCGCCAUCUAGCGGCUAUGUGCGGGAUACCCUUAGUAUCUCAACCAAGGUUUAAGAUUAACACUAGCCAAAAGACAGUAUAAACCCAUGUUGGUAAAUAUUUGAAAAUGUGUAAAAAAAAAAAAAGUAUUUUAAUUAUGCAUGGUUGUGAGAACUUAGUAAGUAGUACAGUUAUCAAAUCGCAAAAGCUGUGGUUUAAAUAUAUAUGUAGUCCGACAUGCUACAUGUUUGUAGCGAGAGUAUAUAAAUCUGUUAUCAGCAAAACACUGAUUCGUGAAGCUUGAAUCAAACUCACCAAGUCACGUGGCUUCAGCAAACGAGGCUUCGUUAUGUCAUACUGUUUUUUUGUUUUUGUUUCGAAACAUUACAAAAUUUGCUGCUAGAUGGUGAUCUCGUGAACCAAUGAAGGAGUUUCUAAUAGUUGGCUUUGGGUCAGUUUUAUGAUGUAGGUUAAUUUCUAGUGAAUUUAAUCAAUUGUAAUACUUUAUGCGUGUAUAAUGCAAUUCAAUUAAAGUUUAUUUGUAUAGCGCUUUUCACGAUACAAAUCGUUGCAAAGCAGCUUUACAGAAAAU